AGAGAGAAACUGCACUGACUCUUUGUGGAUCCAGGUUGUCUGAAUGAAUGGAGGGGAGCCGAUGGUCGACCGGAGAGGGCGGCGAGACGAAGCAGCCGACUAUAUGUUUUCAACUUAAGCUGCAUGUGGUGUGAAGUUGGUAGAGGGAAUCCAUUCACCGAGUCUCUGCCUUAAAGGCCCCUGAAGAAGGUUUUUCGCUCGUAAUCCCGACCGAGCUUCACUAACAGACAUUGUUCGCUGGACGUCGAUAUUUCUUUUUCGCAUGUGUGUGUGCAGCCAGCAACAGGUCAUUUACAGCUUAGCACGGCGUCCAACUCCCAGCUGUACCUCAGUGGUUGUUAGAUGUGCGUUAACUUUUCGUCGUGUGAACCGAGGGGGAUGCUUUUUCGCCACUCUUCUCCGUGCAUUCACCGUGCAGCUUUGUGCUCGCCACCGACCGAGAUCCUCCAGCCUGAAGAGCGCACUGCGUUUUAGAGGAGGGCGACAGCAGAAAUGAGGGGAGAAUAUGAAAAUGCCAUAGAGAAGACUGCUCAUUAAACAUUGCUGGGUGAUUAGCGUCGAGCCGGAAGCACCGACGGACAGACCUGCGAGGAGCUGGUGCUGGUGCAGGGGGGUGGGGUGGGGGGAAUCUCUCAAGAAGGAUCGCAUGCCUAGAUGGUGCCAAACAAGUGGACCAUGAAUUCAGUUCUGCACAAAUCGCCACCAAGGAGCUGGCUCGGUCUCAGAUUACGACUAAAUGACAAGCCCGUCCAGGAGGAGGACUGGGUGGUGUGCCAGCAUCCUGAGUGUCCCGAGCGCCGGAGGGCCUCUAAGGUUUGCCACCACCCAGACUGCCAAGACCUGAAUAGCAAAAGCCCCCUUCACCUGUGUGAGUCAUGUGACUCACGCUGCCAUUCAGAGAACACAGACAACAUGCACUUUGACCGACACCCCCGAUUUGACUUACAACCUCAAGCCUCCAUCCUGGCUCGGAACGUGUCCACGCGCUCCUGUCCCCCACGCACCAGCCCCCCCUCCGACCUGGAGGAAGAGGAUGAGGGGAGCAAUGACCGUGGGUCAGUAACCCUCCAUGCUAGUGUUCAUGUACUCCCGCUACCUGUCAGUGGAGCUCUUGUCUUGUCACACAGGAGGAUAAAUUACAGCCAUGAAAUGGAGCGUAAAACAGGGGGGCUGAAGCUGGUGAAAAAGAAGCCACGGAGACGACACACUGAUGACCCCAGUAAGGAGUGCUUCAGCCUCAAGUUUGAUCUCAACGUGGACAUAAACACAGAAAUCGUACCUGCAAUGAAAAAGAAAACGCUGAGAGAGGUUCUAGGGCCAGUGUUUGAGAGGAACGGUAUUGAGCUGUCCCGGGUCGACCUGUUUCUGGAUCAGUCCAACACUCCUCUGUCCCUCAACUUCGAGGCUUAUCGUUUUGGAGGACACUACCUCAAAGUCAAAGCAAGACCAGGUGAUGAGCUGAAAGUGGAGCAGGGUGUGAAGGACCUGAGGUCACUCAGCCUGCCCAACAUGAAGCCCUCUGGAGUCCAGAGCCCCUACAUCCUCACCCCAGGCAGCGAGAGGGUGGAGCACGGAUCUCUGGGACGCAGAGAAAGCGUGGAUCUGCUGGGUCAGGCGCGAAGGAGGAAGAACAUGACAGAGUUCCUGGGGGAGACGAAUAUCCCGACCCCUGAUGCUCUGGGACAGAUUGGUGGCUCUCUGCCCAGCGUCGGGGCCGGGCCCGACAGCUGGAAGAACCGCGCCGCCAGCCGCUUCAGUGGCUUCUUCAGCUCCAACGCCGGAGCAGGGCCCUUUGGCAAGGAGGUGGACCGUCUGGAGCAGCUCCAGAGCAAGCUCCACUCCUACACGUUGUUCGGGCUGCCCAAGGUGCCGCGGCAGCUCUCCUUCCACCAGGACUCCUGGGAGGAGGAGGAGGAGGAGACCAACCUGGCCCUGGAGGACAGCUGGCAGUCACUACUGGACAACCCAGAGACACUGACAAGGCGACAGUUCCACCAGCAAGAGGCAAUAUGGGAGCUGCUGCAGACGGAGGCUACCUACAUAAAGAAACUCAGAGUUAUCACUGAUCUGUUCCUGUGUGGGCUGCUGAACCUGCAGGAGAGCGGUCUGCUGACGGAGGUGGAGCCCUCCAAGCUGUUCACUAACAUCCAGGAGAUCGUCCGCCUCCACACGUCCCUGUGGAACCAGGUCAUGCUGCCUGUCCUGGAGAAGGCCAGGCAGGCCCGGGCUCUGCUCGACCCCACUGACCUCCACCACGGCUUCAGGACGUUUGGCUCCAGGUUCCAGCCCUAUAUCCGGUACUGCAUGGAGGAGGAGGGCUGUAUGGAGUACAUGCGCACACUUCUCAGGGACAACGAGCUCUUCAGGACCUACGUCACGUGGGCAGAGACCCAUAAGCAGUGUAACCGUCUGAAGCUGGCCGACAUGCUGGCAAAGCCUCACCAGAGGCUGACCAAAUAUCCGCUCCUACUGAAGAGUAUCCUGAAGAAGACGGAUGAACAGUCAGCCCGCGACAUCGUCAAUAACAUGGUGGCCACAGUUGAGGGCUUCAUCAACAGCGUGGACUCCCAGAUGCGACAGCGUCAGGAACAACAGAAGCUGGCCACCAUUUCUGCUCGUAUCGACUCCUACGAGGCUGUGGAGGGCAGCAGUGAAGAGGUGGAGAAGAUCCUCAAGGAGCACAACCGCUUCGACCUUAUGGCUCCCAUGAGAGGAAUAUCACCGGAGGAGACUCGACAGCUGCAUCUUGAGGGAGCGCUGAAGAUGAAAGAGGGCAAAGACAGUAGGAUGGAUGUCUACUGUUUCCUGUUCACUGACCUGCUGCUAAUUACCAAGCCAGUAAAAAGGGUGGAGAAAGUUAAAAUCAUCCGCCAGCCUCUCCUCAUGCACAACGUCAUCUGUAAGGAGCUGAAAGACCCUGGCUCAUUCAUCCUCAUCUACCUCAAUGAGUUCAAGAGUGCAGUGGCUGCCUACACUUUCCAAGCCAACAGCGCCACCCAGGGGCGAAGCUGGAUCGAUGCAAUCUGCAAUGUCCAGAACCAGCUCCAGAGGCUUCGCACUGAGGAGGUCCUCCGACAGAAGAACAGUCUGAAGGGAUGUACGGGUGAAGAAGAGGAGGAGGAGGAAGACGAGAGCAGCAACUCCACCACGAGCUCCCCAGGCCUGAGGCACAAAGACCAGCAGAACUCAAGCCAAUCAGAUGGUUCCACUGAGACCCUGUCAGUUAUGGACAUUGAUGAACCAGGCGAACGCCAAGAACCUCCCGCCCCCGACAUGAACCUCGAGGGAACCACUAAGACAGACUCAGACUCGGAUGUGGCCCCCCUGUCUGAAAGGUCUGAGAUCCAUCAGUCUCAGUCCACAAGCCCCCACAGAGUCCUCUCCAGUAUUUACCCCGAGCACAAUCAGGAGGCGAGGCCCGACGGCGAAGAGCUGGACCCCCAGUGUCGCUCUCUCUCCAUGGAUAGCGCCUACGGCACCCUCUCCCCUGAGUCCCUCCUGAGAGAACUUCAGCCACAGCCUGGCCAGAGUGAAGGAGAGGAGACUGAGGAGGAAGAGGGAGAUAGGGAAGGUCAGGAGGUGGAGCAGGAAGAAGGAGACAUAGAGGAGGUCGAAGGAGAGGAGGAGGAAGAGGAAGAGGAGGAGGGGGACGCUGCCUCGCUGGGGUCCCAGCUGUCGGUAGUCCAGUCCUCUAAACCUCGCCGGCGACCUCACGUUCAGUCACGAGUCCACUGCCUCCAGAGGCUGUCCUCUCUGACCUUAUCCCGCUCUGAGGACAAUCUCCUGCAGCGCCUCCACGGUAAAACCCCCGUCUCCCACAAACACUCACUCACCGCAGAGGAGCAGGACCAAUCACAAAGUAGGGACAUGGACGCAUCAUCACUGGCGCACAGUAAGAGCAUGACAGAGCUGGGCCAAAACUGCAUGGAGCUGCUUUCCAGUGACCUCAACCAGUCUGACGACUGCUUGAGCAUGAGCAUGCCAUCAGAGAAACUCUGUGCCAGCCUGAGGAGGGCGGAGGCCCAGCACAGCCGCAGGGCGCCUGCUGGACAAUGCGAGGGCAGUGAGUCCCAGAGCAACAGCUCAGACGGGGAAACGGCUCCUUCUGCCUGUGUAGAUAGGAAAAACGAGUCAACGCCCGCCGGUGAUUCAGGGGAAAUGUCGUCCAAAAAGAAGAAAUCUCCAGCCCAGCAGCACAAAAAGCUGACGCUAGCUCAGCUGUACAGGAUACGCACCACUCUUGUCCUCAACUCCACACUCACUGCAUCGGAGGUAUAACCACUCUUCCAAACAGCUGAUCAGUGGCAUGCAGACAUUACGAGGAGCAACACUUGUUUUGUUUCUGAAUUUCUUGAGACACAAAUGCACUCUCUCUCUUGCUGCCCUCUCCCUUCCUGUUGCUUUUUGGACAGUGACUCUACCAUUUUUACAUUUGAACAAUAACAGUCCUUGUUUUUGUUUUUUUCCUUUGCUGUUGCAUUGGUUUCAGAUGUUUGUUUUGAAUGGAAAGGAGAGGCAGAGAGACAUUAACUGCACUUUGCAACGGAAGUAGCAUUACGGGGGCUGGGACCUUACGGUGGACUGGGGGGGGCGGGGGAGUGUGCAGGGCGUGGACGUGCUGCCCCUGCAGAGCGAGGAGGCAUCCAGGCAGAGGUCUUCAAACUUCAUCCCUGUGCUCUGUACUGGAGAAGAGGUGGGGCUGAAUCCUGCACCUUCUCUGUAAAAGAGUGGGACACAAAGUCUUGAAAAUACUCUCUACAUGUGGCUAAAAAAACAGCACAUAGGACGUCCUCCUAUUAUUUGUACUACUCCUAGUUUGAAAAAAAAAAAGAAAAUUGCACAGUUAUCUUUGUUAAGUAGAAGAAUCACUAAGGAGUGAAAUUACAUUAACAGUCACGCAGUGAAUUAGAAUUUAUUGUUUGCUGUUUGUGUCUGCUCGUGUACAGAUGUGAGUGUGUGUGUGUGUGUGUGAGUGGAUUAUAUGAAUGUGUGAAUGAACGUCUGAUCGAAUGAAACACGGUCCUCGAUUCCUGACUGAACCAAAACUGAUUCCCAUCUCCUGUGAAUACGCUAACACACCCAAAGAUGGAAAAAGACCUGAGUAGUUGGUAGAUUCCCAACUAGAGAAAGUGCACCCAAAGGCAACACGGUCCAAUGCAGCCAAUCAUAAAACAGCUACAUUACCACAGACACACAGAGUUCCUUCUUUACUGUUAAUCUUUUUGGUUGAACUAAUAGCAUUUUGGUAUGUUGAACUAAUGCGAUGAGUUCCUAAAAAAUGACUGAAUAUGGGUGACUAAAGCUGUUUUUGAGGAAUUUCCUGCACUAUAUAUACACAGUAUAUUAUGGCUUGAGUGUUCACUCACCCCUGAGGCCUAAAUGUAUUAAAACCACAUACACAGCUCGGUCACAGGAAAAACAACCAAAAAAAAAGAAGUCUACACUUGAGUCAUGCCUGUGUUGGAGCACCUUUCUCUGAGACGUUUAACUUCAUGUGUUUCUUUACGAUGUUAACGUUGAUAAGAGAUUGAAAAGGUUUGGGUUGGAUAUAAUGUAAUGAGUGAGUCUGCAGAGCUGGCUUUAGUUGAUCAGCUUUUUACAGGAGAAAAAAAAACAUAAACUUAACAUUCACACUGAUGUUCAGCUUUUCAGAUCAGUGAUUUAUAACCUUAUUCCAAACUUUGCCCAAACCAAAUAGGUUAACUGUUUACUUUUAGUUCUUGUUUAUGUGUAAUAUUUAUUAUGCCUGCUAUGUUUUAUAUAUAAGAUAUUGUUUAUAUUGUUCGCUUCCAUGUUUUUUUGUUGAUGUAGUCUUAAUCUUUUUUUCUUGCCAGGCAUGAAUGUGCUAUGAACCAAAUAAUGUGUUUUCCACUUUCAGGAAUGACUUUCAAAGUGUCUUACAAAAUAAAAAUGCUAAAAUACUUUACAAUCCCUGUUUUUAAUGGUUUAAUCCAUUGUAAUGGAGUGAUUUGAGGAGAGAGGCUGAAUCUGAAUGGCACCGCAUUAAAAACGACAUGAACUGGU